AUGACAUUGAACAAAUCAAUCCCCCAGCUGUUCCCACUUCUAUCCUUUUGGCCCUUCUGUAUUGUGCACCCUGCGUCCGGGGGCCUACGUAAAGACUACCCUUGGUUACUGAGGAUCAACUAUACCGGUCGUACUGGGCGCUUUACGCCAGUGGUUGGCAUUGCGGAAGGGUUAUACGCGAUGAGGCUGGGAGAACAUGAGUUAGGAAUUGAUUCUGUUACAAUCGCAGCAGGAAGGACCAAUGAUGAGAGGUCCCAACCAGUCAGCGCCUCGAACGAUACCAGUACUAUCGAUGAUUUUGAGAGACUUGCAGAGAUACUAGUAGUUCUAAUGGUUGAAAAGAAGGCUACGAUAAGCUAA